UACCUCUGUCUGUGGAAGAAGAAAAGGGAAAAAAAAUCAAAUAAUAUUAAUAAUAAUUAAUAGAAAACUUUAUCUCAUCUAUUUUCUCGGGUUCAUGCUUGAUCGUCAUGCCAGACAGCUGAACGGAGCAGGGUCGCAACUUGGAUCUUUUUUUUUUUAUCAUAAUAAUAAUUGUUAUUAGUAUAUUAUUAUUACGAUCUCCGGAUCGUCUACCGAGCCACGACGGAGUCUGUGUGCAAGCUUUCACUGAAAUCUCUGCCCUGACUAAGAGUUCGUGCAACUCGACACUGAAAAAGAAAACGCCGUAUUUCACUCGUGGGGCAGAAAAGACAGAAAAAGAGCUUCGGUUCUGUGCUCGCUGGAGGACUUCAGAGAGGACUGUGCAUUUCUGCGAGAGACACGCUAACGUUUUACGCCACGCGUGCCACAGCCUGCAAAACCAGCAGCCAGCGACUCCUUUUAAAAAACAUCUGAAUCAAGUGUUUUCUUUUUGGUUCCAGUCAUUUCUACAUUUGCAACUUUUGUGGGGGUGUUUUGUGUUUGGUUUUGUUUUUGAGACCGUGCAUCUCCGCUGACGUGGGAUUUCUCCGUGUUAAGAAAAUGUUAAGACUGGUGUGAAAAGCAGCGCAAACUUCUCCUGUGGCCUGGACUGGAGUAAAGGAGCCAGGCUAGGCUAAGCUAGGCUAGACGCAGCAGCAGCAGCAGCUAGCCCAGCAGCGACGUCUCCUCGAGUCAUUUUUUUCUGCUAUUUUUGACGCGGACAAACUAAAGUGGGACAUAUACAGAAACACGUGUAUGUAAAGGCACAACGGGGAGCAGAAGUGUGUCGCGCUGCUGUGUGUUUUGACGGUGCUUUUCCAUGAGGUGGCUAACUUAUGCAGCAGCAGUAGUCGCAGCAGCAACAGCAGCGUUAGCUUGUGAUUGAGUGAACACGUUGGACUCGAUCCUCCGCCCAUCUUCCGGGAUGUCUUUCGUUUAUAUUUGUUUACCUGUUGGCCCACGCCGCAAAACAAAACCAGUCUCCUGAAGGCAUUUUUCCUCCAUUUUGAACUGUGGUGUGUGCCUUUGCCAAGUAUCACUGAGUAUUCGAUCUGGAUCGGAAUUGAAUGGUGUGUCGAACAGAGUCAGUGAUGUGUCUCCGGACUUUGUGUUUUGUUUUGACCGCUGCCUGCUUCAUGAUGAGCUGUCAUCACGCUACUGCAGAGAUAUGUCCAAAGCAGGACAUCCGGAACAGUGUGGCCAACCUGCAAUCACUUGAGAACUGCACUGUGAUUGAAGGCCAUCUGAAGAUCUUGCUCAUGUUCAGGACCAAGCCAGAGGAUUUCCGGGGCCUGAGUUUCCCAAAGCUGACGGUGAUCACCGACUACUUAUUGAUCUUCAGAGUUUACGGCCUGGAGACUCUCAGUGACCUCUUCCCCAACCUAACCGUCAUCAGAGGCAACAACUUAUUCUUCAACUAUGCCCUAGUGGUGUUCGAAAUGCUCCAGCUGCGAGAGAUCGGCCUCCAUAGCUUGAUGAACAUCACCCGGGGAGCCGUGAGGAUUGAGAAGAACCCAGAUCUCUGCUAUCUCUCCACCCUGGACUGGUCAAAGGUCCUGGACUCGGUGGCGGACAACUACAUCAUGGCCAACAAGAACGACAGAGAGUGUGGUGACGUGUGCCCGGGGGCCUCCAUCGGAAAGACCACCUGUCCGACGACGACCAUUAACGGACAUUUCAGUGAACGUUGCUGGACCCAGAGCCACUGUCAAAGAAUGUGUCCUGUUCAGUGCAAACACCGGGCCUGUACGGACGAUGACCAGUGCUGCCAUGAGCACUGCCUGGGCGGCUGCCUGAAGCCCAACUCAGCCAGUCACUGCGUGGCGUGCCGUGGCCUUCAGAGCGAGGAUAAAUGUGUGGACCGCUGCCCCCAAACCCACUUAACCUUCAAGGGCUUGCGCUGCGUCACCCACGCUUUCUGCCAGGCGCUCCACAACAAAUGCAAGCAAGAGAAGGAGCGCAGUAAGAAUGCAGACUGCCACGAGUAUGUCAUCCACAACGGUGCCUGCAUGCCCGAGUGUCCCUCCGGCUACACCACCGCCAACUCCUCGUUGGUCUGCACUCCCUGUGCCGGGCUGUGUCCUAAGGUGUGUAAGGGGCUGAAGAUCGUGGACUCUGUCACUGCAGCUCAGGCUCUGAGAGGCUGCACCGUGCUCAACGGAAGCCUGGUCAUUAACCUUCGUGGAGGAAACAACAUAGCAGCCGAGCUGGAGGCCAGCCUGGGUCAGCUGGAAGUGAUCACUGGCUACCUGGCAGUGCGGCGUUCCUACGCCCUCGUUUCGCUCUCGUUUUUCCGGAAACUCCGAGUUAUUCAUGGAGAGGAACAGGAAAUCGGAAAUUACUCGUUUUAUGCUCUGGACAAUCAGAACCUGCGACAGCUCUGGGACUGGUCCAAACACAAGCUCACCAUCCUGCAGGGCCGCAUGUUUUUCCACUACAACUCCAAACUGUGCAUGUCGGAGAUCCGCAAGAUGGAGGAGGUCACAGGAACAAAAGGAAGGCAGCAGAAGAGCGACGUCACCAAGACCAACGGAGACCAGGCCUCGUGCGAGAACCAGGUGUUGAAGUUUACUCAGGUCCGAUCCACGAGUGAUAAAAUAAUGGUGAAGUGGGAGUCCUUCUGGCCUAAAGACUUCAGAGACCUGCUGGGAUUCAUGGUGCUCUACAAAGAAGCACCUUUUCAGAACGUAACUGAGUUUGAUGGGCAGGAUGCCUGUGGCUCCAACAGCUGGGUGAUUGCUGAUGUGGAUCCUCCGCGCCGGGUGGGUGACGCGGAGAAAGACCAGGUUGAACCGGGUCAUCUCAUCUUGCCACUGAAGCCCUGGACGCAGUAUGCUAUCAUGGUGAAAACUCAGCUCUCCGCCUCCGAUGAGCACGAGGUGCUCGGAGCCAAGAGCGAUAUCAUCUACGUCCGCACCAACGCCACCAAACCCUCAGUCCCGCUGGACCCGAUUUCCUCGUCCAACUCUUCGUCCCAAAUCAUCCUCAAGUGGAAACCUCCCAAUGACCCCAACGGCAACAUCACUCACUACCUGGUCUUCUGCCAGCAGCAGCCUGAAGCCAUCGAGCUCUACAAGUUUGACUACUGUCAGAAGGGGAUGAAGUUGCCGUCACGGGUGCCGACGCAGGUGGACAACGAAGAGGAGCAGAAGUGGAACCAGACCGAGGAGCAGGGCCAAGGGUCGCGAUGCUGCGCCUGCCCCAAAACUGACAAAGAGCUCAAGAAGGAGAAGGAGGACUCGGAGUACCGCAAAACCUUUGAGAACUACCUGCACAACGAAGUCUUUGAGAUAAAACGCUCCAGACAGCGUCGCGCUGUGGUGGGAAUCGCCAACAGAACACUCCCCUUCCCCGCCACCACCCCCAGCCUUCCCGAGGGCACGCGCCUCCCUGAGGAUGAGGGUGAGGAGACCUUUGAGAGCACCAAGAGGGUGAUCAGCGUCCCCGCCAAAGAGUCCACUGUCAUCUCUAACCUGCGGCACUUCACCAGCUACCAGAUCGAGGUCCACGCCUGCAACCACCUGACUGACCCGGCCCGCUGCAGCAUGGCAGCUUAUGUCAGCGCCCGCACCAUGCCUGAAGCCAAAGCCGACGAUAUCGUGAGCCCAAUCAAAUACGAGGUGGCGGAGAAUACGGUUCAUAUCACGUGGCAGGAACCUCUAGCUCCUAACGGCAUGAUCAUCCUGUACGAGGUCAACUACAAGAGAAUCGGCGACACGGAGGAGCAGCAUUACUGCGUGUCUCGGAACAUGUUCAAAGUGUCCCGAGGCUGCAAGCUGAAAGUGAUGCAUCCUGGGAACUACACCGUGAGGAUCCGAGCCACAUCGCUGGCCGGAAAUGGAUCCUGGACCGAGCCCACCUUUUUCUACGUCCAGGACGCAAGCGAUCCUCUCUACAUUGUGAAGAUCGUGAUUGCGCCGGUCAUCUGCUUUGUCCUGCUGAUGUUUGUGACCGCGGUCGGGUUUUUCAUGUUCAAGAAGAGUCAAACUCAAGGACCAAGCGGUCCCAUCUACGCCUCUUCAAACCCAGAGUAUCUCAGUGCUAAUGAUGUGUACGAGGAGGACGAGUGGGAGGUGGCAAGAGACAAGAUCGCCAUUCUGAGGGAACUGGGUCAGGGCUCCUUCGGCAUGGUCUACGAGGGCAUCGCAAAGGACAUCAUAAAGGGCGAGUGCGACACACACGUAGCGGUGAAGACGGUGAACGAGUCCGCCAGCCUGAGGGAGAGAAUCGAGUUCUUGAACGAGGCCUCGGUCAUGAAGGCCUUCAACUGCCAUCAUGUGGUGCGUCUGCUGGGCGUCGUGUCCAAGGGUCAGCCCACCCUGGUGGUGAUGGAGCUGAUGACCCACGGAGACCUGAAGAGCUUCCUACGCUCUCUGCGACCUGAUGCUGAGAACAACCCCGGCCGUCCACCGCCCACUCUGAAGGAGAUGAUCCAAAUGGCUGCUGAGAUUGCAGACGGCAUGGCUUACCUUAACGCCAAGAAAUUUGUCCACAGGGACCUGGCAGCCAGGAACUGCAUGGUAGCUCACGAUCUCGCCGUCAAAAUAGGAGACUUUGGUAUGACCAGAGACAUCUACGAGACCGACUACUACCGUAAAGGAGGGAAGGGUCUCCUGCCCGUCAGGUGGAUGGCACCAGAGUCUCUGAAGGACGGAGUCUUCACUGCACAUUCAGACUGCUGGUCGUUUGGGGUUGUGCUGUGGGAGAUCAGCACGCUGGCGGAGCAGCCUUACCAGGGCCUGUCCAACGAGCAGGUCCUCAAGUUCGUCAUGGACGGCAACUACCUGGACCGACCGGACAACUGCGCCGACAGAUUACACAACCUGAUGCAGAUGUGUUGGCAGUACAACCCCAAGAUGCGCCCCACCUUCCAGGAGAUCAUCGAGAUGCUGCGCGAGGACCUGCACCCUUCCUUCCAGGACGUGUCCUUCUUCUACAGUGAGGAGAACAAGCCGCCUGAGAGCGAGGACUUUGACCUGGACAUGGAGAACAUGGAGAGCAUCCCACUGGACCCGUCCUCCUACUCGCAGAGGGAGCAGUGUUUGGACAGGGACGAGGCCUCCUCCAUGGGCCUGAGGGGCAGUUACGAGGAACACCACAUCCCGUUCACACACAUGAACGGGGGAAAGACCAACGGACGAAUACUGGCGCUGCCGCGGUCCAGCCCCUCCUAACAUACUGUACACAUCCCACACACACAAGAAAAACACAUCAAUGCUAUAGAGUUGAAUAUAUUUUUUGUCUUUCGUUCUCAUUUUUAUAUAGAUCACACUUUUACCACACUCUAUUCUGAAGCUGCGCAGUGCAUAUCUCAGGACUUUAUUUUUCUCCUCAGACACCACAAACCCACACUACAGUACGUUCACGCACGGACAACAGAAGACACAUUUAAGGAUGAAUCUCCCACCUUUCUUGUUAAUGAUUGUAGUUUAUAUACUGUAUAUAUACACAUAUAUAUAUUGCCAAGUUUGCGCAGGACUGGGCAGAUAAUGGAUUCAACUGUGAAACAAACUCUUGACAACCAAGAAGGCUGCUAAACCCACGGUCCCCCGCCCCCCCCCGCCUGUGUCCAGACUGUGUCCCUGUCCCUCCUCUCACCCAAACAAAAGGGUUAAAUCCCAGGUUGCUAGGUCUUGAAAAAAAAAAGAAAAAGUGCCCUUCUAUUUUGUCUGUGGCCUACGUCAGUUGUCUUAGAACUGUAUGUGAAUCUUUGUACAUUAGUGGAUGACGAACUGAGAAUGAAAGACUUUGGGAAGUCCGUGUUGGACGGUCAAAGACAAGUCAGUCCAUCAUUGAACAAACUCUUAUCCACUGGAGAAGCUGGUUGAAGUGGCUUACCUCCUCACACUCUGCAGUAUUCCAAAAAUGGCUCUCACAGGAUAAACACAGGACAUUUUUUUUUUUUUAUAUUUAUUUUCCUGUCUUUAUUCCACCACCCUCACCCCCGUUUUUUUUUUCUCUCUCUCUUCAUUUUUUUUAUUUACACAUUUACAGCUGAAGGAUAUUUAAAACUGUUUUCAAAUACACGUCGGCGAACGAGUUCCUCAGAUUGACCAAUAGCUGCUUCGUUGGUAUAUUUUUAGUGGGUAUAGAAGGUUAAAUAUAUAUAUGUAAGUAUAUAAAAAAAUGAUAUUGAUGUUUUUGUAUGUAGCUGAUAUGUUGUCAUUCAUGAGGUAUUUCUGGUCAUAGAAUAUGUUUUUACAUGUUAGUCUCUUGUGUUUAUUUUAUUUUCUAAUCCAGAAAAAUCAUACUAAUUACCUUUUUGUUUUUUUGGGACUCACGAUCAACCAACAGCACUCGGUCUUUUUUUUUUUUUUGCUAUGUGAGGCGCGGGGAGAAGAAGAAGAAGAUGUUGGCAUCUUCAGCUUAAAUAUGUCUGCCCAUCAUAUCGAGAUCAAAUAAAAAUAGUGCUGUAAAUAAUGCAGCAAAGGUGCAUUCA